UCCCGGCUGGAGGUGGUGACCCUGCCCUCCCACCUGCCCGGGGACCUGCCCGUGAGGAGCUGUGCCCGGGAGCUCCAGCUACCUGUUUACGAGUGGCCUCACACAGGACCUGUGGGGCAGUUUGAUGUGGGUGUGGUGGCAUCGUUUGGACGUCUCCUAAGUGAGGACCUUAUUUUGCAGUUCCCAUAUGGCGUGCUGAAUGUCCAUCCCAGCUGUCUCCCACGCUGGCGUGGUCCUGCACCGAUAGUCCACACAGUGCUUCAUGGUGAUAAAGUGACUGGGGUAACCAUUAUGGAAAUAAGACCAAAAAGGUUUGAUGUAGGUCCAAUCAUUAAGCAAGAAGAGAUUGCUGUUCCUCCCCACUGUACUGCAAAGGAGCUGGAAGUGAUGUUAUCAAAGAUGGGUGCAAACAUGCUGAUAUCAGUUUUGAAAACCUUGCCUGAAAGUUUAAAAAACAAAAAAGAGCAGCCUAAAGAAGGAGUAACAUUUGCUCCUAAAAUAUCUGUAGCUAGGAGUUGUAUAAAAUGGGAAGAGCAAACAGCUGCACAAAUAAUUCAACUGCAUCGUGCAAUAGGAAGUAUGUUUCCUUUGCAGACGCUCUGGAGGGGUACUACUGUUAAACUUCUGGAUUUCGUGGAAGUGGAUAAUAUCCCUGGUUUCGCUGGUCAAAUAUUAAAUGACCGUGGAGCUGUUCCUGGUUCACUACUAUACCAUAAAGUGUCUCAAACACUGAUAGCACGUUGCAAGGAAGGCUGGGUUGGAAUCAAAACAGUCGUGUUAAGGAAGAAACUUACAGCAGUUGACUUCUACAACGGAUAUAUGCACUCUUGGUUCCAGCAGAACUCAAGAACAGUUCAUCAGGAAUGCAGAUUUCAAACACUCAAGCUUAGCACAGCAAAAAAGACUCUGAAAGAGAGGGAAAUAUUGGCACGGGAUGUGAAACAAUAGUUUUAUUAUAAAAUGUGGGAGAUGAUGUAUGUAAGUUAAUAGUAAUGUAAAAUAUUUCAGUGCCCACUUACGAUGUUCAACUUACAGAAGGAGUUUCUUCCCAAAGUUUUUGAUCUUACUGUCGUCUGCAUUCUUUCAUCGUUCCUGAUGAUACUCAUUUCUCUUUCCUUCAUCAAGGAAGAGAUCUCUGUGAAUGCUGAAGAUAGUGAAUAAAUCCCUGUUUCCCCUGUUGCGUAAUAAAUUUAUUUUUAU